UCCGAGACAAAACAGCCGUUAGUAACUUGUCCACGGUUAUUCUAUGGAUGAUGGCGCCGAGGUUUGAACACACUAUCUUGUAGAUAUGUGCCGAACAUCUUAACCAUUCAGCCAUAGCGGCUUGAUGAUGAUGAUGAUUAGAUUAAUCAAGCUUUUCUACUAGCGAUGCUUGAUUGACAUUACGAUGAGAAGAUAUUGAAAAAUUAAUACACGUGAUAUUAUUUUUAAUUAGGACAUAUUUAGGCAGUUUUUAGUAAUUGCGCUCUUUUUUUGGUUUAUCAUAUUUGGAAGAUAAUUGUGCAUCAACAUUUGCGAUUAUUGAUAUAGUUUAAAAUAUUUUCCUUUGUAUUUCUACUUUCUUUUAUUUGUUUAGGAUAUAUGAAAUGUAUUAAAGAUGAAAUUUUCCGAUCGAAAUGGUUAGGAGCUAACUCAACGAACGAAUAUCAUCAAAGCGAUGAUGCAACAAAAAGGCAUUAUCUAAUUGAUAUAUUUCAUUCAAUUCUUCAAUAUUUUCGUUUCUUUUCACUUCAUUCCUGCGGUUUAUGUGAUCUAAGUAAAUAA